CUACAUAAUCCGCUCACGGACUCUUCCUUCUCUCAUAAAUUCAGUUAAUCCGUCCAUUUCAAUCCCAUUCAAAUCCGCCCGAGCUCUUCUUCCUUUUUACUUCUCUCUCUCUCUCUCUCUCUGGUCAAACGUUUUUCCCUUUCCCUCCUUUCAAAACAACAAAACCCCAACUCUCUCUCUCUCUCUCUCUCUCUCUCUGUGAAAUGCCGUUUUCUCGCUCCUUUUCUCCAAAUUCCCCCAAAUCUCCCAAACAAUAAGCAAAUCCCAUCCCUAUACAUACUCUCUCCCUCCCUCUCUCUCUCUCUAUAUAUAUAUAUAUAUAUAUCUGUCCAGAGAGCCAUGGACCCAGGAUCUGGACCGUACAAUCCUCGAACGGUUGAUGAAGUCUUCAGGGAUUUCAAGGGCAGGAGAGCUGGCAUGAUCAAAGCCCUAACUACCGACGUGGAAGAAUUUUACCAGCAGUGCGAUCCAGAGAAGGAAAAUUUGUGUCUGUAUGGAUUUCCCAAUGAGCAAUGGGAAGUUAAUUUACCUGCCGAAGAGGUCCCUCCGGAGCUCCCUGAGCCUGCUUUGGGCAUUAACUUUGCUAGGGAUGGGAUGCAAGAAAAAGACUGGUUGUCUUUGGUGGCUGUCCACAGUGAUGCAUGGUUACUUGCCGUGGCCUUUUACUUUGGCGCUAGGUUUGGAUUCGACAAAAACGACAGGAGGCGUCUCUUUGGUAUGAUAAAUGAUCUCCCGACAAUAUUUGAGGUUGUGACAGGAACUGCAAAGAAGCAAGCGAAGGAGAAGUCGUCAACCACAAAUCAUAGCAGCAACAAAUCCAAGCCAAAUUCAAAAGGGGCCCUCUUCGAAGAGGGAGGAAAGGAAGGAGACUUGUCACAACCUGAUUCUACGCUCACACUCAAAAAGCGGGGCUCCGAAUCUCAGGUCAAAUAUAUGAAGGGGACACAGCAGAAGGAAGAAGAGGAGGGGCUGGAUGAGGAAGAUGAAGAGGAGCAUGGCGAGACCUUGUGUGGGGCCUGUGGGGAGAACUAUGCAUCAGACGAGUUCUGGAUCUGCUGUGACAUCUGCGAGAAGUGGUUCCACGGCAAGUGCGUGAAGAUCACCCCGGCGAGGGCAGAGCAUAUCAAGCAGUACAAGUGCCCAAAUUGCAGCAACAAGAGGGCCCGCCCUUGAUGGGCUGGGGCCCCAAGGGGUGGUGGAGCCCCUUUUGUAUUUGUGGACUGCUAACUGUCUAGUUUUCGGUUCGUGUUUAGUGGGUGUGGUGGGUCAGGUUUGUGCUUUUCUUGCCUUUGGCCGUGCUGGGCGCAUAUGAAUGUAUGAAUGCUUUCGGCUUUUGAAAAAUCUCCCGUUGGGGGAGAGUACAACUUCUGUAGGUUCGGUUCA